AUGGAUUUUAAUUUCCAGUCGAAGACAAGCUUGAGGAUGCGGAGGAGUGGAGAUGCCAUGGAUUCAUCUCCUUACUUUUGCCUUGAUGAUCUCUGGGAGUCUUUCAGGGAGUGGAGUGCUUAUGGGGCUGGUGUUCCCCUGGUGUUAAAUGGCGGUGACUCUGUGAUACAAUAUUAUGUGCCAUAUCUCUCUGCUAUCCAGCUGUAUGCUGAUCCAUCUAGACCUGUUGCAAGUACCAGGCAUCCUCUGGAUGAAAGUGACGGGGAAUCUACGGAUUUUAGCAGUGAGAGUAGCAGUGAAACUGAUGCUGCUCAAAAUGGUGUCUUACAAAGUGAGGAUGGCGAUGCUUUUGUAUCUGCAAGUUUUCCUAUAUUUGAGCAUCUGGAGCGGGAUCCUCCGUAUGGCAGAGAGCCUUUAACAGACAAGGUAUCAGUUCUUGCGGAUAGAUUUCCUGCUCUAAAGACAUUCAGAAGCUGCGAUUUGCUGCCAUCCAGUUGGAUGUCUGUUGCAUGGUACCCCAUAUAUAGAAUCCCGACAGGACCGACGCUGAAGGACCUGGACGCGUGCUUCUUGACAUUCCAUUGCCUGGCAACACCUUCCAAGGAUAGCCAUCCCACCACACCAGCAUGCCCCGGCUUCGAGGGAAUCGGGCACUGCACCACCGCAACGGGCAGGCUUUCCCUGCCCGCCUUCGGGCUGGCAUCCUACAAGCUCCGCAGCUCCCUGUGGGCGUCCAACGGCGCCCCGGAGCAGGAGAGCGUCACGUUGCUGAUGCAGGAGGCGGACAACUGGCUCCGCUGCGUACAGGUGGACCACCCGGACUUCCGGUUCUUCGUGUCCCACUUCGGCGCGACGUGGAGAUGA